CCUCCAUGCUGUGUUUGGUGACAGGGUUUGAGCGCAGACCUGCAGUGUGUUUUUGAGGCUGAAUGGAGGACUUAACAGAGCUCCUGCAGACAUCUCCUCCUCUUCCUCCUCCUCUUCCUCGGGGAUCCCAGCUCUAGAUACAGACGAGCCAGCCUCAGUUGGCCGGGAUUUCUUCCAGCGAAAGAGGCGACGUUUCUUUGUCCCUGCGCGGUGCUCUGACCUGCAGCGCAGAAAAGGCGCAUUUCUACCGCGCGGUGGACGCACGCUCCGCGCGGAGGUGACCGGGGCUACCUGUUUGCUUCCAUCUGCGCGACACGCCGCCCCUGAACGCCGCCGCUGGCGCCGGCGCCACACACCUACUGACCUACUUUGCGUUAGUUGGGGGGGGGGGGGGGAAGGGGGGGCGGCUGCGUUUUAAGCGAGAUGAAAGGUGCCGUGGACACAGCGGUGACCCCGCGGGGAGAGCGCCAGUGAAGCAGAGGCAGGAGUCAAAGGGAGGCGGCGGAGCGAGAGGAGAGGCGAGAGGCGGGGAUGACCGCGUCUCAUCACCUGGACCCCGGAGUGAUGCUGCCGCCGCUGCUGCUGCUGCUGGCCUGCUGGCAAACACCGGGGAUGGUCGGUGGAACUGUGCCAGCGGCGCCUGAGAACGUCUCGGUGACCCAGCUGACGGCGCGCUCGGCCAUGGUGACCUGGAACGUCCCUCAGGGUGACACUGUGAUCGGCUAUGCCAUCUCUCAGCAGAGGCAGGAUGGCCUGAUGCAGCGCUCCAUCCGGGAGGUGAACACGUCCAGCCGUUCGUGUGUCCUGUGGGAUCUGGGCGAGAAUACAUACUACAGCGUCCAGGUGCAGUCUGUCGGCCUGCAUGGGGACAGCCAACCCAGCCACCCCAUCCACUUCAGGACACUGGAGAAAACCGACCAUUAUCUAGCCGGAGUCCUUGACCACCAUGAACCAGCGAUGGAAGGUCUGGGGAUGACUCCUCACCUGCAGACUGGAGAGCUGCUCAUCAUCACCACCGUGCUGCUGCUGUGGGCCGCUGUCAUCGCCCUCUUCUGCCGACAGUACGACAUCAUCAAGGACAACGACUCGAACAGCACCAAGGAGAAGGCCAAGAGGCCGCUGGUCCAGGCCAGUUCCCCCUACUAUAACGGCUCGACGGGCAGCUCACCGAUUUACCACAACGGAGCCGUCCACAGCAGCAGGCUGCAUCGAGCCUCGUCCUCCAUCAGUAUCAUCAGAGUCUGAUGUUCGGAGUCGUUUCUUCUCAGGAGGAGCUGCAUCCGGAAUAUCACAGCCGAUGAAGGGAAUAAAGAGACCUGCCUCAGCGGCUAAGACUCCAAACUGUUGUAAAACAUGAGCAGACGUAGGAGUGGCUCAAUGCUCCCCUCUAGUGGCAGAAAAUGAUUCAACCUGACACUUCCUUCCUCGGGAUGUCAGAGAACAAUGUGAAUAUUUUCAAACUGCUUUGCCUCAAUUUCCUCCAAUUCUCCUGGACUGAUGCUGCUGUUCCUUCCUCACAGUUAAAAUAAUAGGACAAUGAUUAUUUGAGCUCUUGCUUCAUGAUCAGUGAUUCAGUGUUCAGCUUUCAUCAUAGUUUAUCUAUCUACAUACAUCAAUGGUGUUGGUGAUUAACUUUAAGUGUAAUCUUUGCGGUAAUGGUGGUGAAUUCACUUUGUAAAUAUUUCAUAAAUGGAUUCAAUAAAUCAAGCUCAGAUAUUUUUGCGAUGGAUAACUUUUUUCCUACCUGACCUUUUUAUAUUUGACUACAAGCGUCUAAUAUCCCUGUAUAAUGCUGAUACAUGAGAAGGAACUAUGUGUGGAAUAUUUUUACAAGGCUAAAUUGGAAAUAAUGUUUUGGAGUGCACACUUCCUUUCUGAGCUGAAUGAUCACAGCAUCUAAUUUGCAAUAUAUAAGCUGCACAAACUGCAAAAAUAAAACCUCAAGCUAAGUGUACAACUGACCAACAAAGACAAUGUACAUUAACCCUUUACUGGACAUUCAAACAAACAGAAAUUUGACUUGUUGACCAAAACCAAGAAGUGCUCAGAAGGAUGUAAUCCGGUCCACAUGCAGUAUGUACUGUAAAUGCUACGAUUUACAAGAAAUGUGCACAACCAGAAUGGCCACCAGGGGGCGUAUGUGGUCAGGCAGUGAAUGAAGCACCCCAGUGAGUCCAAACGCUGAGUGAAGGUCACCCAACAGACAUUAUGUCUCAUGGAUUGUGGUUCCAGGUAGGACUGCACAAUUAAUCACAUUUGCAAUAUAAUUGCAAUAUAAAAAAAAAUGCAAUUUCCAAAUGGCGAAGGUAUGACAUGUUUGGUUAUGUAACAAUGGAUCAGACGCAUGCUUUAGGUGUCGGUUAGAUGUUUAAAGUGGAAGAGAGGUGCAGCAGUGAGACAAUAUCAUUUUAUUACGUGUUUUAGAGUUUAUAUAAUCAUAGUUUUUACCAGAACCUUUCAGGAAUCUCACCACAGCAUUAAGUUCUGGUCAAACUGUUUAACAUUUGUUAGUUGGUUGCAAUUUGCACUUCAUGUUCAGCAAGAAUUGAUGUCCAGCUCAACAAAGCUAUUCUCUUGAAUAAUAAUAUUCUGAUGAAUAAAAACUGUUAUAUUUCCUGUUUUAAAUAGUCUUUGAUUACAAACAUCUGUGUCUACAGGGCGUUUUUGUUGCUUGUGGUUAAUGCAGAGAAAAGUCCAAAUUAAAUCGUAAUUAUUGUUGAA